AGAAAACCAAAAAAUGCCAUUAUCAUAUCCAGAAAAUAAAACAGUUCGAAAAGACUCAGCUUGUUGCUGGAAAUAAAAUUAGGAGAAAACGCUAUCCACAGUUUCCACAGCUUCUCUAUUUUCCAUUCGUUUCACUGCCAUAUCUUUUCUCUUCAAGAUUAUAACCCAAAACCACAAAAGCUUGUUUCGUUUUCAUCGUUACCAAACAACGUAAAACUAUUUGGCCAAAAAAAAAAGGUAAAGCUAGAAGGCAAUCAUGUCAAAGAAAGGAGGAGCUUCCUUGCAAAAGGAUGCUCCAUGGAGGGCCUCGGCUGGAAAAUCCAUUCCUAAAAUCCACCACUCCCCUGUUCUUCGUCUGGCACAAACCCCCCAUUCCAAUUAUGCCCUCGCCGUCAUGAAGCACCCAGAUCCUGUAGGAAGUGGGUUAGCGAUAGAGGCAAUUGUGGAAUCGGCGGGACCCGAAUGCAUUGUUCCAGGCCAGAUUACACCUGUUAGAUUACUUGGUCUUAAGGUGUGGCCAAUUGACAUUAAUAUGAAAUUUUUGGAACCAGUCGGAAAAGAAUUGAAGUUGCUUGGAAAGUUAAUGGAAGAUGCUGUCAACGUCAUGGAUAAGGCAUUCGCAGAUCGCUAACGGCUUAGGCUUUUUAAGCUAUUGAAAGAAGCAGCAAAUAGGGCUUGCAGUGCUGGCUACUCUAGAUUAUUGUUGCAAUGAAGAGUUUCCUCCUUUGUCAAUUGAAUAAAUCUGGUCUUAUUGGAUCUUUCACUUAGUUUUUACCCUUACAAAUGUUUCGCUUGAUACUUUAUAUCUAUGAUUUGCUGGAAGUUUUAUCCGUAGUCAACUAGUUUAGAAGGAAAACAAAGGAGCAAUUUUAUUCAUGUGAAGCUGCGUUAGUC